GGAAGCUCCUUCUUGUAAAGCCUUCAAAGCAUAUAACAAUGCAGAACCAAGGGAAAAGGACCAUUGGCUGAAAUGAACAAAAUGGAAACUAAAAAAUCAGAAUGAACAUAUGUUUAAAUGUUAACCAAACUGUUACAAGUUUUCAACCAUACUUCAAUUCUAAUGAUAAUAUUUAGAAAAUAAUUUUGACAUUGUUACCUUGGUCUUCAUGCCUUGAAAUCUGAUCUCUGACACCUCACUAUACCCCUUAUUCACAAUGCUCUGCCUGAACCAUCCUGAACAUAACAAGCUCAUUUCUGCUUUAGGAAUAUUAAAUUUGCUAUUCAUUCUGGAGGAACACCCUUCUCCCAAAUCUUCACAUGGCUGCUCUUUGUCAUCCUUCGUUAUUCAUGUUAAUCUUUUCCUCAUAGCAUUUACUAGUAUUAUCCUGAACCAUCAUCACCCGUUACUUAUUUGUUUUCUUUCUCCCACAACUGGAACUGUAAGUCACAAGAGAUUUCUGUUCUUUUGUUUACAACAGUAUCCCUAGAGCUCAGAACACUGUACGGAUAGCAUCCUAUAAAUAAAAGUUGCUGUAUGAAUUACUAUGACUGAGAAAUCAACAAAUGAGUGAAGGAACAAAUAAGGAUGAUCAAUGAUCAGAUAAAUGAUGCUGUGACCCAAUUCACUACAGUUCAUUAUAGUUUUCAACUGUAUCUACAACUUAAUUAUUAUUCCUAGAAAAGGCUGAAUAGUUUCAAAGUUGUCACAAAACUUCCUAAUUCAACAAAACAUCUUGCUGAAAUGUUUCGUUAUUUGAAAUGAUUGGAUCAAUUGUUUUUCAGUUUUAUGCACAUUUUUUAAAAAUGGAGUUAACUCUAAGUGAACAAUCCUCUUUCUUGGACCCAGAUGUUCUGCAGUAAUAAUUAAGCUCUCUUAAACCAAGCAUCCGUUUCCAAAUGUCCAUUCAUCCUCAUGUCAUGGAGAACUAACUUUGGAAUUGCUCUUCAACAGUAAAGAAAGAAGAAGCUGCAAAUCUACCACCAGACAUAAAAAUGCUUGAUAUUAGUCAUAUAAAUAAUGUCAAGACAUUUUUAAAUAAUUCACUCUAUCUACUGCAAUUUUCAUUAACUCCACACUUCUCUUCUUCUGCCUUCAGUUAUAACAACACCAUGGAUGGAGACAAUAAGACGUUUCUAAGUGACUUCACCCUCACAGGACUCUUUACUCACAGUAAAGCCUCAGGCUUCCUUUUCAGCAUCAUUUGUGCCAUCUUCUUUAUGACCAUGAUAACUAAUGGGUCCAUGAUCUUUCUGAUCCACAUAGACCCUCACCUCCACACUCCUAUGUACUUCCUGCUCAGCCACCUCUCCUUCAUUGACAUGAUGUACAUUUCCACCAUUGUGCCCAAGAUGCUGGUUGAUUAUCUCGUGGGCAAGAGGACCAUCUCCUUUAUCUCCUGUACAGCCCAGUACUUUCUCUACAUGGGCUUUGUGGGGGCUGAAUUCUUCCUGCUGGGACUCAUGGCCUAUGACCAUUAUGUGGCCAUCUGCAACCCCCUCCGCUAUCCUGUCCUCAUGAAUCACUGCAUCUGUUGGAUGACCUUGGCCAGCUCUUGGUUCGGCGGCGCUUUGGACAGCUUCCUCCUCACCCCUAUCACCAUGAGUCUCCCAUUCUGUGCUUCCCACAAGAUCGACCACUUCUUCUGUGAGGCACCCACCAUGCUCAGGCUGGCCUGUGGUGACAAGGCCACCUAUGAAAUGGUGAUGUACAUUUGCUGUGUCAUAAUGCUGCUAAUCCCUUUCUCCGUGGUGAUUAAUUCGUAUGCCCAGAUUCUCAUCACAGUGCACCAGAUGAAGUCAGCAGAAGGCAAGAAGAAGGCCUUUGCCACAUGCUCAUCACACAUAAUGGUGGUGACCUUGUUUUACGGGGCUGCCCUUUACACGUAUAUGCUUCCCGAAUCCUACCACACUCCAACCAAAGACAAGGUCUUCUCUGCCUUUUACACCAUCCUCACCCCCUUGUUAAACCCUCUCAUCUACAGCCUGAGAAACACAGAUGUAACAGGGGCCUUGAAGAGGGUUUUGGCGAGAUGGCGAGGACUCCGUGGUGUGACAACGGAAGAAUUCUGA